AUGCGAGAAUUUUUUCCUCCACCUCAUUAUCUGCAUCUAAUCUUCGUUGUGACAAGGGUUCUCUUCAUAUCCAUUCAUCGGUACGAGUGUCGAAAAUUUUGGCCAAAUUUGCGCGAGGGCGAUUUUGACUUCAUUGGUGAUGGGUCCGGCCGAGGCUUUAACAUCAACAUUCCGCUAAACAAGACCGGAAUGACGGAUAGUGACUACUUAGCCAUCUUUCACACCCUAAUUAUGCCUAUCGCAUAUGAGUUUGAUCCAGAGAUCGUGCUCGUGUCAUCCGGUUUUGACGCGGCCAUCGGAGAUGCUGAGGUAGGAAAUCACCUGUGUACCAACCGAGCGAAAGUAGACGUGCUUUCAUUUGUGGUUGUUCUUUUCAGGGCAAAAUGUGGCUUAGUCCUGCCUGCUACGGCCACAUGA